GCUCGUUCCCGGGAGCCGUAAACAAGGUGUGCAAGCCGCUGGAGCGCUGUCGGGAUGCAGCAGAGCGGAGCGCCCGGAGGCCGCGGCUGCGCGCUCUCCCCACUGCUGUGCGUUCUGUUCUUCCAGGGUGUUUAUAUCGUCCUUUCCUUGGAGAUUAACGCAGAUGCUCAUGUCCGAGGUUAUGUUGGAGAAAAGGUCAAGUUGAGAUGCGCCUUCAAGUCAACUUCAGAUGUCACCGACAAACUGACCAUCGACUGGACGUACCGCCCUCCCGGCAGCAGCCGCACAGAAUCAAUUUUUCAUUAUCAGUCUUUCCAGUACCCAACCACAGCAGGCACGUUUCGGGAUCGGAUUUCCUGGGUUGGGAAUGUGUACAAAGGGGAUGCAUCCAUAAGCAUAAGCAGCCCCACCCUGAAGGACAACGGGACAUUCAGCUGUGCUGUGAAGAAUCCCCCAGACGUGCACCAUAACAUCCCCCUGACGGAGCUCACGGUCACAGAAAGGGGUUUUGGCACCCUGCUCUCCUCGGUGGCCCUUCUCUCUGUUCUCGUCUUCAUCCCCUCCGCCGUCGUGGUGGUCCUGCUGCUGGUGCGGAUGGGGCGCCAGGCUGCGGGGCUGACCAAGAGGAGCAAGGCUGGCUAUAAGAAGUCAUCUAUUGAGGUUUCCGACGACACCGACCAGGAGGAGAACGACGCGUGCAUGACAAGGCUUUGCGUCCGCUGUGCCGAGUGCCUGGACUCAGACUACGAGGAGACAUACUGAUGAAAGCCUGCGUGAGAUAAGAGCCUCCUAACAGCAGAAAAGACCCCACUCCUCGGCAGCUACAACCUCUCAGAGGGCAGCGCUGGCCUGGACGGCCGGGACAGAGCAUCUGGGGGUCCUCCGUGAAGACACUAGAAGCCAUUUAUUUAUUGAAGAAGCGUUGUUGUUGUGUUUCUAAACCUCAGAAGCUGUCAGAAGAGACUCAUGACUUCCCUUUUGACAAGUUGCUCUAGUCGGAUGAAGAAAGUCUUUUCCUGAGCAGAUACUUUUUGGUUCCGUGUUCUCUUCUGGUUUAGAAGGAGAAUCCUAAGUGUUUGCCACAUUGCUGAUGCCAAAAUAAUUAUUGCAGCGAAGUGGAUCGUGUAGUUUCCUACAACAAAAUGUUGUCUGGGACAGGCGUCCUUUGCUUUUUGCACCAGGGACAUUUCCAGCUGUGAAUUAGUAUACAGCAUAGAGUCCUGGUUUAGUGGUCGCGUUGACUGUGAGCGACUUGGAGUGCACAACCCUAAUCUCCUAGGAGCUGGGAGGAUCAGGAGUCGUUGGAUUGCCUUUACUGGGGUUUUAAAGUAGUAAAUAAAGUGUCGUCCGUUUACAAUUAAGGCAAGGAGUGGUGAGCUAGAGGAGUCCUGGUUUGGUUUGGUUUGGGUCUCCUUGGCCCAAGGAGUGUUUGUUUUCUUACAGCUGACUAAUUGUGGUUUCCUUCUCAAUUUUUCAGAUUAGAGGCAAGGAAAAUUCUGAAAAGAAUAUAGUGGGGACGUCCAGACUAUUUUAGCAUUUCUCUGCACUUGAACCUUUUCACUUGUGUUGUUCUCUAAAAUGUUGUUGACUUCUAAAAUGCACCAGCUGUGAGUGCACUGCGAUGAGCAAGCUGUCUUCCAUCCCCCCACAGCAGCGCACUUCGAAUGUUAACCUACAUGGGGUUUCCUGCAGGCCAUCAGCACGUAUGUGUAACAUCGCGAGGUUCGUGUCUCCCUCAUGAGAACCGAAAAUUAUCCCCCUCCCCUUCAUCUUUGUGUUUUCUUUUUCUUUUUUUGACAGAGUUAGACAGUGAGAGAGAGAGAGACAGAGAGAAAGGUCUUCCUUUUUCCGUUGGUUCACCCCCAAUGGCUACUGUGGCCGGCACGCUACGGCUGGCACACUGCGCUGAUCUGAAGCCAGGAGCCAGGUGCUUCUCCUGGUCUCCCCUGUGGGUGCAGGGCCCAAGGACUUGGGCCAUCCUCCACUGCACUCCUGGGCCACAGCAGAGAGCUGGCCUGGAAGAGGAGCAACCAGGACAGAAUCCAGCGCCCCCACCGGGUCUAGAACCCAGGGUGCCAGAACCACAGGCAGAGGAUUAGCCUAUUGAGCUGUGGUGUUUUCAAUAGGAAGUCCUGCUCCAUGGUUCCUCCCUCUGUGGUUCAGGGGGUUCCCACAUGGUAGCAUCUUGCACUAUGAAUGUUAUAAAGCCACUUGUAUCUUUUUGGCCAAGAUCUCAUUUUAAAAAUUUGGGUCAUUAGCUCUGCUCGUAGAAUUGGCCUGGCCUCCUGUGUCAGUCUGGAGCGGAGAAUCUGGUUAGUUGACGGUCUCCUGUGAUUCACCUGCAGUCAUGGAAGGAAUCAGAAGAGGCGGAUGGGAUGGCAGUUGACAUUUUCAGUGGUUAAGCGCUGCAGUCCUUCAGGCCACUUUAUUAAGGAUGUGGUUGUCUGUGGCCAAUAGAAUGAGACCAUUUUUGACACCCAACAGAGAAAAGACAAUAAUUUGAACAACAAAAGUAAAUUCUUGGCACUCUUGGGGUUUGAAGAUAGAGAUCUAAUUGUAAGGGGGAGUUUUUGUGAGUCUCAUUUCUCUCCCACUGAGAUGUUUCCGGAACCCAUUCAAAGCCACAUCCCAUGAAAUGGGGAACCGGUUUGGGGUGAGGCUUCUCAGAAUCCCCUCGCAGGUCCGUUGUGAGGAUGUGUCCAGUGUGGAUGUUUGUCCUUCCAGGCGAAGGGUGCCCCGUGAGUACUCGGACGUGGUACUUUGUAGCCUGGAUCGUGACUUGCAAUGGUCCCUUCCUUUUGAGGUGGCCGAGCGGUUGAGCGCUUUGUGGUGAAGGAGUGAAUUGGCGAUACAUUCUACUGCACGGGUUUGUGGUCCCAUCCUGGCUGGAGACGAUCACACUGUGGGGGAGGGGAGGUUGCAGCUUUUGUCUUCAAAGUUGCUGAGCACGCCUGCCUGCCUGCAGGGUGAAAGGCAGAGGGAGUCGGUGUCUCACCUGCUGUUUGCAUCUCCCAAGGUGCCGUUCUCUUCAUUUUUGCCCCUCCAUGGACUCUUCUCCGCACUUGGAGACCGGCCUGUGUAGAAAGGGUCAAAGGGUUUCAGCAUCUUUCUCUGGUGGGCGAAGCCUCGACUGGUGGUUUCAUUCCUUUAUGAGUUUUGUGCAUUAGACUCUGAUUCUAUCACAAAGUGUGAGCUUAGGAAGUACGUUGUGUCUCCUAUGCUCCUGGUACUUUGGGCUACUUGGAGAACCUUUUAGUUCCCGGCAGCUCCUGAAAUGGGCACCAGUGCUUCAAGAGGGAAGACUGGCAUCUCUUUGUUUAAAAAAACAAAACAAAACAGCCAUGGAAGAGAAAUCCCGAGUGUGAGUGUUCUGUUGUGGCCCACAGCUGUGUUGCUAGCCGGAGCUGUGAGGCGAUCCACGGGACAACUCUAACUGCACAGCGCAGAACCUUGCUGCUCCAAGAGGCAGCUCUGUUCCUUUGCCUCCAGUGUUGGACUGUUAACUGCUGCAUCUCAUCACCUUUUUUUGUUUUUGUUUUUGUUUUUGUUUUUGUAAGAGGGUAUGCACCGUUGGGCCAUGUGCACUGACAUUGUAACUCUUGGUAUCUUUACCACAGCAUAAUUAAUAAACUUCUCU